AUGCCCAGGAGAAAGGCUGAAGGAGAUAAAGUCAAGGUGAAGGAUGAACCACAGAGAAGAUCCGCGAGGUUGUCUACUAAACCUGCUCCUCCAAAGCCAGAGCCUGAGCCUAAAAAGGCCCCUGCAAAGAAGAGAGAGAAGGUACCCAAAGGGGAAAAGAGAAAAGCUGAUGCAGGCAAGGAGGGGAAUAACCCUGCAGAAAAGAGAGAUGCCAAAACAGACCAGGCACAGAAAGCUGAAGAUGCUGGAGAUGCCAAGUGGAGUGUGUGCUACUUGCUGCUGAAUGGUGUAACUUGGGCAACACAGAAGUAG